AUGUCUCGACGCGUCGAUUCUCUUUGUCUAGAUGAAUAUCUGAGCAGUGAGCUCAAAAAACGAACACAUAUUCUGGAAUGUGCAUGGAAUCAAGAACACGACGAUGAAGAAGAAGAGGAGGAAACAAGAAACGAUGGACUCGUAGAUGGUUCAGAUGAUGCAUUAUCUACUCAUGAUAUCUACGGAGAUAUUGGAAAUCGUGCACCAAAUGAGUUUGAAAAAAUCGGAAGAUUCACCACAUUCCAAGUCUAUAUUGCCUGGUUUGCACUUUUCCUGUUUGCUCACAUUCGAGAGUAUGUGACACGGUUAGGAUUUGUGAAGGAUUUAUCGAGUAAAGAAAAUAAGAAGAUGAAGGACUUCGUGCCAUUGUUCAGCGACUUCGAAGCAUUUUAUCAACGAAACUGUUAUAUAAAAGUGCGAGAUGUCUUCGAGCGACCAAUUUGUAGUGUACCUGGAGCCACUGUUGACCUCGUUGAUCGAGUGUCUCACGAUGGAAAUUGGACUUAUGAAUAUCCAGGAACUCGUACAAAUGUAAUCAAUGUUGGUUCAUACAACUAUCUUGGAUUCGCUCAAUCGGCUGGACCUUGUGCUGAUCAAUCGGCUUCUAGUAUCGAUAGAGAAGGUCUAUCAUGCUGUACAACUGUUCAUGAGAGAGGAAGAAGUGUUUCACAAGCAAAGUUAGAGAAACUUGUUGCUGAAUUCUUGGGAGUGGAGGAUGCAAUCUGUUUCAGUAUGGGCUUUGCCACCAAUUCAAUGAAUGCUCCAUGUCUUGUUGACAAGCAUUCUCUGAUCAUUUCCGAUAAGUACAAUCAUGCUUCUUUGAUUCUUGGAUGCAGACUUUCCGGAGCUUCUACCAAAGUUUUCGAGCAUAAUGAUAUGGAAUCUCUUGAGAGAAUUCUUCGUGACGCGAUCGCUUACGGAAAUCCAAAGACCCAUCGUCCAUACAAGAAGAUACUGAUUAUCGUUGAAGGAAUCUACUCUAUGGAAGGAUCAAUUUGCAAUCUUCCAGGAAUUAUUGCUCUCAAAAAGAAGUACAAUGCUUAUUUGUAUUUGGAUGAGGCUCACUCAAUUGGAGCAAUGGGAAAAACUGGAAAAGGAGUUGUAGAAUAUUGGGGAUGCAAUCCAAGAGAUGUUGAUAUUCUCAUGGGAACCUUCACUAAAUCAUUCGGAGCAGCUGGAGGAUAUAUUGCCGGAUCGAAGCGUACUGUAGAUCAUUUGAGAGUUGCCAGUCCAACAGGAUACUAUUCUUCUCCAAUGUCUCCACCAAUCGCUCAACAAAUUUAUACAUCCAUGUCGAUUAUUAUGGGAAGAGAUGGAACCAAUGAUGGAGCGUUGAGAAUUGAAAAACUUGCCAGAAACUCGCAUUAUUUCCGAAUGAGACUGAAGCAAAUGGGAUUCAUUGUCUAUGGAAGUAAUGAUUCUCCAGUUGUUCCAAUGCUUAUCUAUUUCCCAACCAUGUGUGGAUUCUAUGGUCGAGAGAUGUUGGCAAGAAAUAUUGGAUGUGUUGUUGUAUCGUUCCCAGCUACUCAUAUGACAGAAGGAAGAGUUCGAUUCUGUAUUUCUGCUGCCCAUACUAAAGAACAACUUGAUGAGGUCCUCGGAACAGUAUGCGAACUUGGAUCUCUCAGUCGCAGCAAGUUCUCCCGCCGAUCAUAUUUGUACAAAAAUCUGAAAAUCGAGUGGUGA